AUAUGUCUAUAAUUACAUGGGCAGCCCCGUGUUCUGUCUACCUACCUACCUACCUACCUAUCUACUUUUGCCUUUUUCAUGCCGUAAUACCAUAUCCGAUAUCUUACAACCCAAACCAAUUCAAUCCAGUUAGAUCCGAACAAGCCCCCCCACAAAAUGGCCUCCAAGAACCGCCCCCGCGUAAUCCUCGGCCUCAUGGUGAUCGGGGCCGAAGGGUCCCGCGCCCGCCUGACCGGCCUCGACAACUUCAGGUCCGCGCUCGACAUCUUCCAGGAGCGCGGGUACACGGAGCUCGACACGGCGCGGCUGUACCUGGGGGGCGAGCAGGAAGGGUUCACGCGGCAGGUGGGGUGGAAGGAGCGCGGGCUGUCGAUCGCGACGAAGGUGUGGCCGCUGCCGCCGGGUUCGCAUGCGCCGGAGGCGUUGGAGGCGACGUUUGAGACGAGCUUGAGGGAGCUGGGGACGGGGUGUGUGGAUAUAUUCUACCUUCAUGCUCCGGACCGCUCCGUCCCCUUCGCCACCACCCUCGCGGCCGUCGACAAGCUGCACAAAGCCGGGAAAUUCAAGCGCCUCGGGCUGAGCAACUACGCCUCCUUCGAGGUCGCCGAGAUCGUCAUGCUGUGCCGGCAGCACAACUGGGUGCGCCCCACCGUCUACCAGGCCAUCUACAACUGCCUCACGCGCACCAUCGAGGACGAGCUCAUCCCGACCUGCCGCCGCUACGGCAUCACCGUCGACGUGUACAGCCCCACGGGAGGCGGCUUCCUGGCGGGGAAGAUCGUGUCGAAGGACGCGGACCCGAAGGAGGGGAGGUUCGCGGCGGGGCCGUUCCAGCACCUGACGCGGGGCCGCUAUUUCCGGGACGGGAUCAUCGAGGGCGCGCGGCUGAUCCGCGAGGCGGCGGAGGCGAGGGGGCUCAACCCGCUCGAGGUCGCGAUGCGCUGGCUCGUGCACCACUCGCAGCUGCGGCUGCUGGAGGGCGAGGAGCGCGACGGGGUCGUGAUCGGGUUCUCGACGCUGCAGCAGCUGAGGGAUAACCUGGACUACCUGGAGAAGGGCCCGCUGGACGAGGAGGUGCUGGCGGUGGUGGAGCGGGCGUGGAAGGAGGCCAAGGGGGAUAUGGAGCCGUAUUGGCAGCUGCCGAUGGUGUAUACGUAUGAUACGAAGGAGGAGCUGUUUGGGAAGGGGAACUAGGGAGGUAGAGGUGGGGACGGUAACACGUUCUGGUGCGAUGAUUGGAUUUCUUUCUCUCAUGGUAUGUAGAUACUACUUAGGCAUCACCUAACCUAGGCAAUUUGAAGAAGACGCGGAAAAUAGAAAGAAAAAAUAAGCAAGUUGUAAAUAGUCUCACGUCCAAUUCAAGCGUACGAAUAACUGCCUAAGAGCGAUCAUCAAUCAUAUUACUGUUAAAGGGGGGGAAAGGGGCUAUUUAAUCUUAAGUAUCUACGUUCUUUCCAGACUCUGUUCUCUUGGUGAGAAUCUCAGCUUAGUCAUCGUCCUUCUGUUUCUGUCUUUUCGACGCGUGACCCGCAUCAUCUGGAUCUGUACUGGGCACGCUGGGGAAUUUGCUGGCUUGAGCCUCCGCCUCGGCUAUCUGCUCGUUGGUAGCCUCCUCGUCUUGGCUGGCAGAAGUUGCGGGGGCUGGGGGGAAGUGGCGGCUACGUGGAAGGUUUAGUAGCAAG